AUGCGCCCAUUGACCGAGGACGAAACAUCUCUUGUUUUCGCUAAACUGGCAUCAUUCAUCGGAGACAAUGUGUCGAUGCUCAUCGACAGAAAUGACGGAGAUUAUUGUUUCAGAAAUCACAAGGAGCGUGUCUACUACUGCUCAGAGAACUUGAUGCGUCAGGCUGCCUGCAUCUCCCGUGAACCACUCCUUUCGUUCGGAAGCUGCCUUGGAAAGUUCACCAAGUCGAAAAAAUUCCAUCUCCAAAUCACAGCACUUGAUUAUCUGGCACCAUAUGCCAAAUUCAAAGUCUGGCUCAAACCAAACGCUGAGCAGCAAUUCCUUUACGGCAACAACAUUCUCAAAUCCGGAAUCGCCAGAAUGACCGACGGCACUCCAACUCAUGCUGGUAUCGUCGUAUACUCGAUGACUGAUGUUCCUUUGGGAUUUGGAGUUUCGGCUAAAGGCACUGCAGACAGUAAACGUGCUGACCCAACUGCACUUGUCGUUCUUCAUCAGUGUGAUCUUGGAGAGUAUCUCAGAAACGAGAGUCAUCUCAACUAA